GAGGGGGCGGGGUGCGGGCCGGCGGCGGCGGCGGAGUCAGCAUCAAAGAGCCUCGAUUCCUGCCGCCUGGGAGCCAUGCGCCGCUGUCUGUAAUGUCAGCGGAACAGGAGAAGGACCCCAUUGCGCUGAAGAGAUCCCGAGGUGGUGACAGUGGAUUGGAUGGGUUAGGAGGACCAGGAGUACAACUCGGAAGCCCUGAUAAGAAAAAGCGCAAAGCAAAUACACAGGGAUCAUCAUUUCCACCUCCAUCUGAAUAUGCUCCACCGCCGAAUCCAAGCUCUGACCACCUUGUAGCUGCAAAUCCAUUUGAUGACAACUAUAAUACUGUGUCUUAUAAACCACUUCCUUCAGGAAAUCCGUAUUUUAGUAAUCCCGGUUAUCCUGGCUUUGGAGGCUAUAACACUUUCAGAAUGCCACCUCACAUGCUGCCCAGAGUGUCCUCGCCAUAUAGUGGUUCUUACUCCCUCAGAAACCAACCACACCCCCUUCCUCAAAACCCGUUGGGAAUGGGCUUUAGCCGACCCCACUCUUUCAGCUUUGGCCCACAUGAUAACCCAGGUUUUGGGAAUCAACCACCGUAUAGCAGUGGUCAGAUAAAUCAAAAUGUCAGUAUGCCUGGUCAGCAUUUCAGACCAAAUCCUGGUGAGAAUUUUGGCCAUUCUGGACAGAUACCUCACCCUGAUGUGCCAUCUAACUUUGGUCCUGGAAACAAUCCAAAUUUCCCAAAUUCUCAGCUGGAGUCGAACCAUUCUUUUGUUCCUCCACCAAACACCUACAACCAGGCAAAAUCAUCAGCACAAAAGCAAGACUUCAGUCAGGGUGCAAGUAAAGCAUCCAGCCAGAACACUGCUGCUCAUCAGCAUCAUCACAGGACAGAGGACAUUGUGACUCAAGGUAACAGUGACCUAAAAAAUGUCACGCAAAACAACGUGGUAAAUCAGGAUAAUAGCCAUUCCAAUAGUGCUGAUAACACUAAUGCUGGUCAUUCAAAUGGGACGCAGAGUAAGUCCCGCCAGCCUCGAGGUACCGCUGAAGGAUGCAAUUCUGAAAAGAGCAGCAAAACUCCCCUUCAUCCCAGUCGUCAUGGUCACUCAUCCUCUGAGCCCGUCUAUCCAUGUGGAAUUUGUACACAUGAAGUUAACGAUGACCAGGAUGCCAUCCUGUGUGAAGCCUCUUGUCAAAAAUGGUUUCAUCGAAUCUGUACAGGCAUGACUGAGUCAGCGUAUGGCCUUCUUACAGCAGAAGCAUCAGCAGUGUGGGGCUGUGAUACAUGUAUGGCUGACAAAGACGUCCAGCUAAUGCGCACUAGAGAGACUGCAGGACCACCUGCACUGAAUACGGAUGGCUAACAAUGUCAAUUGGUGGUCGUGGUUAAAAUACUUGCUCCGAAGAUUUGGUUGCAAAUUGGGUACUUCACUUUCUGCAGACAAUCGGUUGUGUUUGAUUGCUAUCAUCUUUUUUCCCCCCAAUCUGUUUUCAUUCAUAAAGUUCCAUCUCAGCUUUUGUACUCUUACUUUUAUGUGUGCAAAUAUUUUACAGGGUUGAAUACUUUUUGUUUCUGAUUAAACUGUAAAACAUAACUGAGAACUGAUCAGAAGUAGGAUGUGCAUUGACAACUUUAUUGAAGGCAAAAAUGUGCCUGUAUGAAUAGAUUCUAAUUUACUAGUAUUAACGUGUUACCUAACACUAGCAUUUAAUACUUGGUUUUAAUGGUACUGUGUGUGCAAGUACUCAUUGCAUAUUUUUAUUUUUUUGGUGAAUGUCCAUUACUGAUAUUCUUGCUAUUUUUUCUUUGAUUAUAGUGGAGAUGGCAUGGAGGAAUGUGCAGUGCUAAAAGUUUUUAAUUUUAGAAUAAAUACAGGGGAUUUCAUAUGUGCUUUUUCUUAUUUUUGCAGUAGAGCAUUAACAUGAUUCUAAAAUCAAUGAUUUCAUACUUAGCAACACAGUGAAACCCACUAAGUCUUACAACUUGGUAUUUCCUUCAAAAGGCAAUGAUCUCUUUACUUCUCAGCAAAUACUUGCUGAGGACUCUUACUAGGUCUUGCAGUAGCGGAAAUAGUUACAAACUAUCAUUACAUUGGAACAAGUUAGAUCGAGUUUACAAAGUCCAGUGCUUUAGAUCUAGAGAACACCAAAACUAGGGUUGCAUAUGUAAACUUAAAUAAUUUAUCUUAAGCACAUAUAUUAAGAUAUAGUCCCUGUGCAGUUGUGCACCCCUCGUUCAUCCUGUCUUAUUGGUGGUUCUAGUCUCCAGCCUCAGCGCUGCCUGAAGAUUGAGAAGGAAUGUAAGCAGGGUAAGUCCUGCCCAUCUCCAAGGGCUUUCAGAUAGAGCCUGCUUGGUCAUCCUGAGCUUACACAGUCCUCUUGGCAAGAAGAAGGGUGGGAGGCAAUGGAGUGUGCUUAGCACAGACUGAACUACAAGACAAUUUCACCAGCAAAGUCAUAACACUGAAUUCCCACCACUGCCUUAGCCACUCUUGCAACUUCAUGGGGACAGAAAAUCUAGGGUGAAGACAAAUACAACUCUCACGUCAGGUGAGUUUAGCUCACAUCAGGAGCUAGCAAGCAGAAAUUUAGCAUUUUUUCUAAACUUGAGAUCCUACUGAUAAGUAUGAAUGGCACUAGAGCUUCAUGUUUGAUUCUAAGAAUUCUCUUUUUAUAUGGAUAAUUUGAUCUUACUCUUGAUUUCAGAAAUACCCUCACUCUUUUUCUUUUUUUUUUUUUUAAAUGUGGGGAAACAUCUAGCCUUGAACACUUGGGCCUUAGCAGGGUGCUAAAGUUGCAUAUGCAAUUGAAAAUGAGUGUUUCUGUAGAGAAAAAUGUUAUUUUAACUUAAUAAAAGGUGGUACUGUAAUAAUAGUCUCUCUGUAAUACUCACCACUGUGCUGUAAACUUAAUUGGUGGUUGUUUGAAAACUAGAUCAUAAACCAAACAUUACAAGUACUGAUCAGUUUCCUUAAUGUAAUAGAAGGUGUUCAGAUCUGUGGUGAUGAAUGGUGUAGGAGCCUAUGUAGAAUAUAAGCAGCUAUAUUUAAAGGCUCUUUUUAUGGUAAGUUAUGCAAAUGACUGAAAAGUAAGGCCUGUCUGCUACUUCACCAUUGUGUUGAUUUUUAAAUGGGCUCUGCUGCAGUACUGUCCUGGGAGAUACUCCACAGAUGUACAUAACUGUCCUUUUAUUUUAAUACUGAAAACAUUUUUAUACCUUUUUACUGGAGAAGUGUAGCAUUGCUCUCCUUUUCUGCAAUGCCUCUCAUCAAGAAAAAGGAAAUGUUCAAAGUGUAAAUGACAGCUCAUAUCUUGAGGAUUUCUUGUACUGUGAUGUAAAGGAAGUGUAAGGCAGAUCCAGAGCUCCUGUUUUCAGCACUACUUGUUUUAUUUAGUACAGAGACUAAACUUCAUCUUGUUUUGUUAGAGGUGUGAUGAUAAAACCAACGAAACAAGCGAAUAAAAACAACAGCAAAAAACCAACCUCUGUUACAAGAGUUGUCAUCUUCAGUAGAUUUCGUAAUGACUGACUGACUGUUACAAUUUACUUUUGGUAUCUAAAGUAGAAAUUAAACCUAACUUUGUUUAGAUAAAUUGUUUCCUAGAGGAACAAAUAAAAUCUCUGCAACAAUUUACACUGUGAAGUUUGUGGAGCUAGCUCAGACUUAGAGCAAUGUAAAUGAAAUCAAGACUGCUCAGUGACUGAAAGUUCAACAAAAGCUCCCGUGAUGAUAUUGUUAUCCAAGUAGGCAGUUCACAAUGCCCUUCCGACUGUGAGAUGUUUGGGGCAGUUAUUCUCAGACGCCCAGUUAAUGUUUUAACAUUUUGGAGCAGACAUACUUAAAAUAGCCAUGUAAUUUUUGAAAUCUCUUCCCUCAAUCCUGUUUUAAGUAAAGCAAGUGUUUUGUAUAUAAGUUAGCAAGACAUUGUAAGAACACUGUAUUUAAAUUCUAAACUUCUACUGGAAUAUAAUUUUAUGAGUCUUUAAAUCAUGUAUCUGUGAGACUUACUCUAACAGAUUAUUCCAUUUUUUCUAAACUGGUACCAUGGUGGGCUUGUAACCCCCUGAAUUUUCUGUGUGUAUUAACCUGCAAAUUCAAGGUGUUAGCAAAUGACAGUUUAAAAACAAAAAAUAAAAACGAGCAACAAAAUCAAACUUGUUAUACUGAUCACAGAGAGAGGACUGAUUAGGAUCUCAGAAAGUCAUCUGGCCAAUAUAUUUACCCUAUUGAUAUGCUCUUGGCAUACCUGGACUUUUUACCUAGAGAGAGAGAGAGAGUUAUACUUUGUUUUUCUCUGCAUGUAUUGACUAGUAGUACUUUAAGUAUGCACAGGGAAAACAACUAUCAUGUUUUAUUAGUAAAGUACUAGGAAAAUGUCAGCUGGUUAGAAUUAGAAAUUAGUUAUAGAAGGGGGGGAGGGCUGGUUAGAAUAGGUGAGCUUUUUUGUAAUACUUUACAUGAAACAAUUUGUAUUGAACUAUCAUGUGCUUAUUUCAUUAUUAGGGAUUUAGACUACUGGUGCUGCAUACCAAAAUAUCACAAAGAUUUUGUAAGUCUUACAAACCUUAACAUUUUGUGGGAAAGGUCUGCAUCCUUUUUAAAUAGCUCAUCACGUUCAGAAAUGCAGCCUAUACUGCUGAAAAUGUGUUUUUUUCUUUUUUUCCCUAGGCUGAAAUAACUAGGUGUAAACUGGCCUAAACUGCCCUUAAUACUUAGUUUUUGCCAGAGACCAGUUUUAAAUGAGAAAAAAAAAUAUAAUAUUCUCUUUCAAAUACUUUAUUGCUGUUACGGUGUGUAUAGGCUAGAGAGUAGGUGUCAUGAAUCUGGUUUCUGGCUGGUUCACUGAUUGCUUCGACAACUUGAGACAAACAGGUUGGCUGUUUGUGCCUGAGUCUCUUCUUUCAGAGGACUGGGCUAAUGCUUAUUUCUAAAGGGUGUUUAGAGGCCUAAUUAUUAUUUGAAAUCUUCAGAUGAAGGAGACAAAAGUGAUAAGGUUUUUCUUUGUUUAAAACAAAAAUAUAAUGCUGGGGGCUCCUCAAAAAUGAAUAUACUUUGACUUUUUUAUUUAUUUUUUGUCUAAGAACCAAUUUUCUAAGUACGUUUUUCAGGCUUAGCUUCAAGUAUGUGAUGAAGUCAGUGGAACUGCAUGCACGAAGUCAAGGAUAUUUCAGAGCUUUUACAGUUCUGGGCCUCUGAUGUUUAUAAGCGAAAUGCUUUUUAUGGUUUGAGAUUUUUACAAAAUCAAUGGUGUUCAAAUGUAGCACCUCUUUAACAUUUGUCUUUCUUCCAACUUAAUACGAUAACACAUCUGCGUUAAAUACGUCCCUUCCAUUUUAUAUAUAAACAUUGCCUGCCAGGAAGUAUUGGUGUAACAUUAUUAAAAGAGGAAGUCAUGCUUCUUAUCAUGUUGUAUGUGACUUAAAUGACUGUUUCAUAUUAAAACUAAUCUUUCCUUAUGUACUGCUUAAAUAUACCUGUUUUGGGAAUAUCAGUUCAGUACUUUUAAACAAUCUUGAAUGUGUUCCACAUUGGUGACAUGUAUUUUUGCAACAACUUUUUUGUUUCAGUUUUAAAUUAGAGCAUGUCUGAAGUAAUACAUGCAUUAGUGCUGUGGUGUGUGGCAAAGUUAAUGUAUGUAAUUCAAAUUGGAAAAAAGUUUCCAGACUUUGUCCAACAUUAACCCUGUGGCGAGGGAUUAAAUUACUAUGUAAUACAAAUUAUUUCAUAUCAUGAUGUGUUUUAAGCUACUCUAUGAAGUAUGUGAUACAUUAUUGUUUAUGGAUUGGUAGCUGGCCUGGUAUCUUGCAUAGAAUGAGGUAUGAUAGAUGGUAGCAGUUCAUGAUAAUUAAAACAGACUACGUUUCACAACAUGCUGCACUUAGGUGCAUUGUCCUCCUGUUGCUGUAACUAUUAGCAUGAAUUCCUUGACGGUAUCCACUGACAAAUGGGUGAACAAGUAGGUAAUAAGCUCAUGGGUGUGAAAAUCCUAUUCUGACGCUCUUUACUUGGAUUACAAAACAUGUUUUUUUUUUAAUCUACUGGAUUGAUUAGAUAUAUGCAGGAAGAUGUAGAACUGGAUGUACUUUAAAGUUAUUCUGCAAUGACUAAGUUUUGUCUGAAGCUUUCUAUAUUAGAAUAGACUCUUCCUUAAAAUUGGAAAAUUAAGUGUACUUAGCAGAACUUUCAAGGCAAUAUAACUGUCCUACACUACAUAAUGAGUUAUACACAUUCACUUCUUUGUAUGGAAUGCCUCCAAUUUCUUCUUGCUUUAUAUGGAAAUAAAGGGUCUCUUUAGUGCCCUAGUGUUGUGUGUCAUCACUUCUGAGAUCAUAAAUUCUGAAUGGUGUUCAGCCCCUUAGAGGUGCUGCCUAUAGCUUAAAGUAUUCAGUGUUGCCCUUAGCCAUUUCUGAACCAGCGAACUUAUACCAAGACCAUAUGGAGCGCCCAUUUUUGUAUUGUUUACUGUACAUGAUGAAUUAUCCUUUUCAUGUUCAAACAAACUGUGUAUCUCAGAAUAAGUUUUGAUCCAGCCCCACCUUUUUCCUCAGAGGUAUGCUCACUGUAUUUCAGAAAUUGCUGUAUUGGAGACAGUUCAGGGUUGGAGGCAUGAGAGGUGUUGCCUUUAUUCCUGGAGACUCUUAUCUGCUAAAGGAUGGUCUAAAUCUGAAUUUCCAUGUAACUUGAGUAGGGCAGACUCUUAAUAUAUUUGUUCUUUUCUUAUUUUCUCUUUUUUUUUUUUUUCUGAAAUGUGUAGUAGUUGAGGGAUUUUUACUUGAAAGACAGUCUAUUCUCCAAGCUUUUGUAUGUGGCCUUUAGAGCAGAUGCUGUGUUCUUUAGGGCCUUCUGACUUGGACUUUUUUGUCUGUAUUUUCCUUUUAGAGAUAAUUUUUUUUUCAAAAAUGAGUUGAAAAAGGCACGUUACCAAUCUACUGCCAUCCAAGCAGUGCAAAAUAUGAGCUAAUUAAGAGUGUUGACAUUGUUUUUUUUAAUAAUGAUGUGGUAUUUGACCCUUUAGAAGAACAAUUAUAAGAAUCUGAAUCAAGUGUUCUUGGAAAAUGUGUAUGGUAGAUUUUUGUCCAGCACUGUGUGUAACUUUGCUUUCUGUUGUCUGGUUUCAGUUUCUUUUAAAAUAAAGAUUUUUUUUUUGUGCGUG